AUGGCGCGGUCAGAGGACCAGCCAGAUUGGUCCUUGAAAGAGCACUUCGAGACCUUUUGCCAAGGGCAAGUCUUGUUCGGGCCCUUUUGGGAUCACAUCACGGGUUACUGGAAAGAGAGCUUGGAGAGGCCACGCAAGGUGUUCUUCCUCAAGUAUGAGGACUUGAAGGAAGAUGUCGAAGGACAGCUGAAGAAGGUGGCCGAGUUUGUGGGGCUUCCCUUCACCGAGGAGGAAGAAGAGGGAGGUGUGAUAGAAGAGAUAGCUAACUUGUGUAGCUUGAAGACCCUGAAGGACCUGGAGGUCAAUAAAUCCGGCAAAUUACUGGGCGGAAUCAUUGAGAAGAGAAGCUUUUUUAGGAAAGGGGAGGUGGGUGAUUGGGUCAACCAUCUCACUCCUUCCAUGGUGGAUCGCCUCAAUAGCAUCAUCCAAGAAAAGAUGAGGCCCUUCGGGUUGGAAUUCAAAAUGUGUUGA